GCAUUAACAAUCCAGAGUUGGAGAAUCAUAAAACAGUGCUAGGGCAGGGUGUGUCGAUGACGGUUCGCCAGACAAAAAAUAGAAUUUAUUUUAUAUUUUUCUUAUUAAACGCGUGAACGGUUGAACGAGCACAAAGAAUACAUAAUAUCGUGUCGAGUUUGAAAUUGUUCAACAAUUUUUUUAUAUUGAACUUUUUUGCUUGUUGGAUCGGUGAUCGGAAUUUUCAUUGAUUACUUUAUGUUAACGAUUCUACAUUGAAUGAAAACAGUUCAAAGAAAAGUUCAUUGUCUGUUGAUAUUUGAAAUAAAAAGUGUCAAUUGCAUUGUUGAAUGGAUCACUGGUCUAGUUAAGCAUUUUUGGAUAUAUCGUAAAAAAAAUACUGUGAGUCGUUAAACUUAAUUCCCAUCAUGUGUUAUAUAAUUAUAACAAGUGGAAGCCUUACAUGGUUCAUCUUAAGUUUAAUAGCCGAUAUGGUAAUACUAUCAGCCAUUGUCUCUCCGAAGUGGUUAAUCGGUCCCGAACGAUUUACAAUUGAAACAAAUUUCACCGCUCAUCGAUAUCCAUCCGUUGGAAUAUACACACGAUGCAAAAUAAUGGAAAAGACACGAUACCAUUGUGGGCCUUUUGAUUUAGAUGGUUUUGCCACCGACAACGAAGUCUAUCCAAUACCUUGGAAAGCUUCGAUGUUUUUCAUAUCGUUGGGAUUUUUCAUUUUAACUGCCACAGUACUCCUGACACUACUGACGUGUUGUCGCCAAUCACUAUUCGGUAAAAGUAUACAUAACAUGGCCGGAUCGGCACAGGUCGUUAGUGGAAUAUCAGUGAUGAUAGCAGUAUUCCUACAUCCGAUAGGAUGGGGAGCGAAGAGGGUGAUUCGAAUGUGUGGCGCAGAUUCUGAAGCAUUUUAUCCGUCCGAAUGUUCAAUAGGUUGGUCAUUGUACUGUGCUGUCGUCGGAAUAGUGUUAUGCUUCAUCUGUGCAGGAAUUAGUUUAAAGGCUGAAACAUCCAAUAUGCACAGUAAUGUAAAGCGUCGCAUUGAGAGCGGCGAGCGUCUUGUCUGUGUACCUUAGUUUUAGUGUUGUUUUGUCCUGUUUAGUUCUACUAUUUGUAUAUAAGCAGAAAAGUGGUUGACGCGAUUGUAAUGAUAACUAGACAUUUAAUCUCAGGUAAAAUGUGUCAUAUCAAUCAACCAAUAAUUGUGUGUAAAAAUUUUGUACAAUUUGCAUUAGAAAUUUGGAUCUAAUUUAGGAUAGAAUAUGUACUUAUAGGCAACGACUAAAACCAUUAAUUAGAAGCGGCUUGUCUUAAUCAGCUGCUUUGCAUACAACUACGUAAAAUGUUUGUGAAUAUUAAUUUUAUAUCAUUCUCUAGAUCUAGACUCCAAUACGGGAGAACUAAACAAAUGAACUAGCAGAUGAUGUGCUUGCCGUUUGUAUAAGGCUAGUGGUUGCAAUAUCUUCAGACUUCUAGCGAUGAACGUAAUAGUUAAUGGUGCCAGAACCAUUUGUAAACGUAGACAUCUGAGUCCCCAAUGUGUUCUUAAUAAGAAGUCACCGAAGUCACUCGAUUUAAAAAUGGAUUUUUUUGCGCCCUAAUCAGUAGAUCCAACAAGGUACUUAUAUAAUCUUACUUCACAUUCCGCCUUUACAUCACACGGUCAAGUAAUACCGUCCAAGUAUUCCUAAUAUUUACCCAGACAAUCAAAAACGCUCCACAGAGUAUAGAUAUAGAAUGAAUAGAAAGGUCAAAUGUUCAUUUCUCUAACAAUUAACAAUGAUUUCUUCAGUGGAGUAAAGUUUGUUGUUAAAAAACGAGGCAAAUUAUCCAAAACAACAGCCGAGUUUAAUUUGCUUCGAAUCCAGUUACAUUAUACGCACGACUAACAAUUUCUUUUAAAGUAACUUUUAAGCAUUUGAUGAAACUGCGUUCAGUUAUAAUAGGCAGCAGUUGUACAUAAUUAAAGUCCAAAGAUCUUUUAGGAAAAAAAACCUGUAUCCACAAAGUGGUUACCGAGAAAAAACUGAUAUUUUUUGUAAGAAUUUCUACAUUAGCCACAUUACGAGAUCAAAUAAAUAUAUAGAUCACUUG